UUCCAGUGGAAUAAAACUAAGCAAGAUGGCUGUUUGGGGGGAAGGUUUGCCCCAGCGCUGAAAGACCUUUCUACCUGUUUAACAUGCUCAUGGCGCUAUUGAACAAUGGGUAAUACCUUCUUGAACCAAUCAGAGGCAAAUUCAAUUAACAGCACCUGGUACAUCUGCUGAUGAAUCCCUGCUGGACGCAAACACAGGAGGCACAUUUUAGGAGUUUUCCCUUGUUUUUCCUCUCACGCUCCCUCAGGCCUUUUAAAUGGAAUCAAAUGUGGAUAAGCUGUUUCCUGCACCUACGCCAUACUUCUUACCAGACUGUAAAUCGGAUCAAGAUGUCAAAGUCUACAAAGUCCACUCACCUUUCACCCGUCCACCACCACCACCAGCACAGCCACCACAACCGCCUUCCUCGUCUUCAGGAGUUUGCUUGCCCAACAAUAUUCUCUCAGCUGUACCAGUGUAUGAUGCUCCUUUACGUACACCCAGAGCAAAGUUUGUGAGCUAUGAAGCUGAGCUGCGAUGCUCUCCAGGUCUGGCAACCUGCCCCUCCUGCAGGACUCGGGUCACUACAGAGGUCACCUUUAAAGCCGGGACUUUUGCGUGGCUCAUGUGUCUUGUGUUUGUGUUAUGCGGGUUGGUGCUCGGCUGCUGCCUGAUUCCAUUUUUUGUAAACCACUUCAAGGACGCCUACCACAGUUGUCCACGUUGUCGACGGGUUCUUCACGUGCACAAGAAGCGGUGCUGCGAGUGAACACACAAUUGCUGAAGUCAAAUGCACGUUUAGAGAUAAGAGCACACGAGUUCCUGUUGUGUAAAAUUUGAUAUUUUAAACGUUUUAAUCAAAUUGUAAAAGAAUCCUAUUAAAUAAAUGUGUUCUGUGCCAAUCCUUCAA